CCCUUACGCUAAGGCAGUAGGCAAAUGUGGCUUACGAAAAUUAUUUAAAAUUUUUCUUCUAUUUUCAUUUCAUAUUUUCAUAACUUCAUAUAAAUAUUUCAACGCAAAAUUUGAAUUUGUAAAAUAAAUUCGGAGAAGCAUUAAAAAAUCCUACACCAUUUCCCAAUCAACUGCACAUAAAAAGGCGAAUGUCUAAGUCGAACGUCUCCAAAGAAGCGGCAGGAGCGCCAAAGGCCCAACCAGCACCUGCCCCAAUUGGAAGCAAACAUGGCGUUCACAGAAAUAAAGAGGAAGAACAUAACGUAAACAAGCGCAGCAGUAACCGCAACCGUAUUGGCCACAUGUCGGACGAUGCGAGUGGCUAUACCUCUUCCAGCGCCGAAAAUCUGGCGAGGAAAAGAAAAUCGCGCAGAAUGCCGCCCACAGAUGCAUAUGAAAGGCGUAGUGGCGUGUCGGACUGCAGCCAAUGUCGUAAACACAUGAUGAGAGCGCGACGUGCUCGGCGUAGGAAAUCCCGUUCACGCGGUCGUCGCCGCCGUGGCAGUCGCCGUCGUUAAUAUUAUUUCAGAUGAAUAUUUUUUGUAACAUUUGUGAAUUGGCCAAAUUAAUUUCAUGAAAAUUUGUUAGGCAAAAUAAAAUGCAAGUGAGUUAAAAACUUGGUCGUGC